AUUCGUGAUUUUGCAGAAUAGGGCGAUUCGAUGGCACCGAGUUCAUCCUGCUGCGUCCUGCCGCGCCGCGCAAUGGCGAGAAGAUCUGCAACCGACCAACCGCCCACGAAAUAAUCGGAAUAAAAAAGAAAAAAAAAUGAAGUUUGAUCGAAGAAGGGGAACAAAAUCAGAAUCCGGAGAUGGCAAGCUGAGGGAUUAGAGGAGGAGAAAGAGUCAAGCAUGGAAGGAAUCGAGCAAAUCGAAUCCUCCUCCUCCAUCAAAGGAGAAACGUCGCAGGAUGGCGGGUGGUGCUCUCUUUCUGAUUCUGUCCUGGUCAAUGCAAUCCGAGAAGGUCUAGAAACAACCCCUUUUCUCCUCAACCGCCCUUCCUUCCCCAUCCUCCCUUCUCUAUUUCUACCUUUCUCGUCUUUAUCGCCUCUUCUUUGCCAAUCAAUUCCUUCUUCUUUGCUGCUUGUUUCCUUUUUUCUUGGUCCUGUGGGUGGAGGUCAGGAUGACGGUGAAGAAGACGAGGAGUGUUGCCGAGGAGCCCUCGCCAUCCCCUUCGUGCGCCCCUUAUAGAGAUGAUGCUAGGAAAAGAGUUAGAUUCCUAUCUCUCUCGCAAGAUUAUACGGAGUUUCUUGAGGAAACUGAAGAAAAGAAGAGGAGAUUGCUGGAGGCAAGACUAAGGAAACGUAAACUCUUUACUGAAGCCAGAUUUUUGAGAAGAAAACUUGAUACCUCACUUGCAAACCCGUAUCAGCAAGUUAGAUUGAAGGAACCAUCAAGUACAAUUCCAGUGAUCAAACCUCCUACAGAAAAGAAACCCAAAGUAUCUGGAGCUGCACGUACAAGUAACUACAUUAUAGAUAACUUGUACGCAAAUGCAUCUAAGUAUCAGUUUAAAAAGAUGUUUCAGAAAAAGCCAACCAAAUCUCUUUGUGUUGCACAAUCUUUGGGUUUUAGGAAGGCCCCCCCUCAAAACAUGAUGACAAUGGAAGCUGCAAAUGCUAGCACUUCUGCAACUCUAGGUGCGAAUGAAGUAUCGUUUAAGUUACAGAAUGGGGAGGAACUGAACAAGUUUCAGUUGGAGCAGUAUUACAUACAAAUGGAGAGACUCAAUAGAGUGCCUAUGAUUGGAGGAGGCUCAAAUGAUAAGUUAGUGAGUUGCAGAGAUCUUGGAAACAACUCAAAGAAGACCGGUAAGCGAAAACUCUCAUGGCGAGACCCACCGACUAGUGUUGAAGGCUUGAAGUCUUGAUGCAAAUUUUGUUUUGCAAGAGUUGACACAGAAUAUAACUCUCUUCUCAGUUGCGAUUAGCUCAUGCAAGAUGAGAUGGAGAGCAAUCUGUUUUACUGUCACUAAAUGGUUCGUCCAUGUUCAUCGCGAGUUUGCCUGUCUUUAAUCGAAAUGGUAGUUUCCAUUUGAAUUC